CUGAGGAAGUGGAGCGGCUGGCGGCGAUGCGCUCUGAUUCAUUGGUACCAGGGACACACACUCCUCCCAUUCGGAGGCGGAGCAAAUUUGCCACUCUGGGACGUCUGUUUAAACCCUGGAAAUGGAGGAAGAAGAAGAGCGAGAAGUUCAAGCAGACUUCUGCAGUGUUGGAGAGGAAAAUGUCCACUCGUCAGAGCAGAGAAGAACUGAUAAAGAAAGGAGUGCUGCAAGACGUUUAUGACAAAGACGUCUCGGCCUCAGUUGCGCGUGAAAAGGUGAAUCUGGAGAACGGGCAGUCUUCAGCGCUUGGAUCCAGCCUGUCCGAGCCUGAUGGCGCUGAGCUCAUGGACGGAGCCGCCUCAGCUGCAGGUACACUGGAGUACCAGACACCUGCUGAGGUGUGUCAACAUGACCACCCCAUGAAGUCCAACCAGACUCCACCCACAAAGAAGUCAACCGCAUAUCCAGGUGACGCCACUGAAUCACCGCUGUCGAGACCGCCAACGCUAAACAAGCAGCCUCCUGCACUACCACCCAAACCCUUCAGCAGACUCCCCAACCACAUUACUGAUGCUGCGCCCGUCAGGCUGCCGUGCAUGUCGCCGAAGUUGUCGCCGCCUCUACCUCCAAAGAAGCUCAUGAUCUCCGUUCCCACAGGGAGCACUGAGUCUCCAUCCCUCACCUUCCAGAAGUGCCACGCCCCGAUGGGCGGACACUCUCUGCUGUACGGGACGUUGCCCGUCCCUCUCCACCCACCCAGCAGAAUAAUAGAGGAGCUCAACAAGACGCUGGCCCUCACCAUACAGAGGUUCGAGAGCUCCAUGAUGCACGCCGUGCCCGCCAUGAUGAUUGAGUGCGACGACGACAGAGAAAACUUUCCCAACGAGGCAGAUUACGAAGAAUUGCCCGGAAUGUACAAAGAUGAAGAGGAUGAUUAUGAGGAGGAAGAAGAUGAUGAGGAGGAGGAAGAGGAUGAAGCACUGUUUACAAGCACACUGGCCAUGAAGGUUUUACGAAAAGACUCUUUGGCGAUCAAGCUGAGCAACCGCCCAUCAAAAAGGGAGCUGGAGGAGAAGAACAUCCUGCUGCUGCAGUCGGACCAGGAGAGGAUGGAGUCCCGACAGCAAACCGCUACCAAGCUGACCAGGCGCUUGAGUCAGCGGCCAACAGCUGAAGAACUGGAGCAGAGGAACAUCCUCAAACCUCGCAAUGAUCUGGAGGAGCAGGAGGAGAAACGAGAGAUCAAGAGACAUUUAUCCAAAAAGCUGAGCCAGAGGCCGACUGUGGAGGAGCUCAGGGAGGCCAGAAUCCUCAUCCGCUUCAGCGACUACGUGGAGGUCGCAGAGGCUCAGGACUACGACCGGAGGGCAGACAAGCCGUGGACUCGGCUCACGGCGGCUGAUAAGGCUGCCAUCAGGAAAGAGCUGAACGAGUUCAAAAGCACAGAAAUGGAGGUUCACGAGUCCAGUCGUCAUCUGACCAGGUUUCAUCGACCAUAAAAGCCAUCAGACCUCAGCUGUAUUUUUAUACACCUGAAAGGCCGCUGCCAUGUUCUGCUAACUGCGUUGAAUUCAGACUGAUCGGCUGUUACAAUCCUGUCACAGAGAACUGGGCCCACAGGUACCGAUGGAUUCAACUCUCGACUGGUUGUCCCGUCAGUGGAGAUUUUACAGACUUCUUGAUAUUCAGAAGCUUUUAAAUAACUUAUUAUUAUGAAGAGGUGAGGAUGUGUUUACUUUGCAGCACUUUCAGUUU